AUGGUGCAGCAACCAUCUCCGCAGUAUCGUCUACUGGUGUUCUCCGCGCUCUCCACGCAAUUAUUCUAUUCGCACUCGGUCAAUUGCACUGGCGUGUAUUCCAAUCUUGCCCCCAUCAGCAUCAGUGAUUGGCCAAAGUUCAGCCAUCGAGGGUUGGACUUGGACGUUUCCAGAAACUGGUAUCCCAAAGAGCACAUCCUCCGGACGAUUGGUGCGCUCUCCUGGAACAAAUUCAACCGUUUCCACAUCCAUAUGACCGAUUCACAAUCUUGGCCGUUAGAUGUCCCCGCACUACCAGAAAUAUCCCAAAAAGGCGCAUAUCAGUCCGGACUAUCCUACACGCCUCAAGAUAUCGAAGAUAUCCAGAUCUACGGAAUCUAUCGUGGUAUUGAAGUUAUCAUCGAGAUAGAUAUUCCUGGCCACACAACAUCCAUUGGGUUCGCAUAUCCUGAGCUCAUCACCGCAUUCCGUCAACAGUCAUGGCAUGAUUAUUGCUCGGAGCCCCCUUGCGGACAACUCAAGCUCAACUCCACGCCAGUAUACGACUUUGUCAUCAAACUGUUCGAUGAUGUGCUGCCCAGACUCUCCCCAUAUUCGGCAUACGGCGGAGACGAGAUUGAAAGUAGCGACUACCUUCUGGAUGACGCCGUCAACUCUAAGGACAUCGCAGUCAUCGCCCCUUUGCUUCAAAAGUUCAUCGACCACAGUCAUCGCUUGGUCAGGAAAGCAGGCCUUGUACCAAUUGUUUGGCAGGAGUUGCUUCUCACAUGGAAUAUCACCCUAGGGAAAGAUGUCAUAGUUCAGACCUGGGAUGGUAGUUCAGCCCUCGGCAAGGUAACCGCGCAAGGGCACAAAGCUCUCUUCGGAGAUACCGACAACUGGUACCUCGCCUGUGGUCACGGGAAAUGGUUCAAUUUCGAAGACGCCGACAUUCCAGCCAUCUACCUGUACGCUGACUUCUGUUCGCCGAUUAACAACUGGCGUGUGGUGUGGGAGUAUGAUCCAACCUGUUCUCUGUCUGCUGAACAGGCUGCAUUGGUCAUCGGAGGAGAGAUCCAUAUCUUUAGCGAACAGAGUGACCCAUCAAACUUGGAUACGAUGGUCUGGCCACGAUCGAGUGCCGCGGGAGAAAAUGUGGUCUGGGCGUCAAACUCCAAGUGGCCAAAAUAG